UUUUUUUAACUUUUUUUUCUCCUUUUCUUUAUUUCCUCAUCUAAACCCCCUUGGGUCUUUUCUAACGAAGUUUCUCUCUCCCCUCUCCUUUUCAUUUAGCCUGACGACUGUUGCUGUUUUUAUUUUCUCCUUUUAUUAUGUGCCAGCCUUUCUUUCCCUUUCUUUAUUUCCUUAUUACAUGAAUGGAUGUGUUUUUCCGGAAAGAUGUUUAUUUUUCCGGUUGUUAUGUGCUUGUUAUGUUUUGUAUUUUUGUCUUUUUCCGGAAAAUAUUUAUGGAAUAAAAAUAAAUGUGUUUUCCGGAAAAUAAUGCUUUAACCAAUCUGGAAAUAAUCUAGGUAAUUUUAUGUGUUUUCGAGUAUAUUUUUCCGGAAAGAAAAAAAAUUUAAAUAAACAGAAAGAAAAUACAUAUAAUUUAAAUAUAUUUUCAACAAAAGAAAUAUUUAAAAGUGCAUAUAAAAAGUAGAAAAAAAACUCGAGAGAGGGGAAAGGGGUAGAGAUUUCAUUUAAUAUAUAAAUAACAAAUAAAAAAUAUUGAGAGGGAGAGUUUGGCAAAAGGAAGUAGACAAUGAUGAGCUUCUAAAGGAGUGAAGAAAUUUUUUCUAGCCAAUAUUUUUUGGGAGAAAAUGGGGCUGAAAAAAAUGCCAAUGUGGUUAUGGGAAAUAUAUAUAACUACAAAUAAAUAUAAAUAUAAGAAAAAAUGAAGA